AUGAAAAUAAGGAAAGACCUAGCUCUGCAAAGGAUAUGAAGGAGCCUUUGAAGGUCAAAAAGAUAGCAAAUUUCAAUAAAAUCAUUUCACAAGGCUCAUUUAGAAAUAAAAAUAUUAAUUCAGCAAGAUCUACUCCAAGCAACAGAAUUCAUGUAAUCAAAUCCAAUUCAGAUGAGGAGCAAUCUGCAUUAAAUUCUCGAUCAAAAUCGCCCCAAAACUUCCAGUUUGAGGGGAUGGGUAAAAAGGAAAUGCAAGCUCUAAAUUGGUUCACAUUUGAAACAAGAAUGAGAGAAAUCUUCACAAGAGAAUUCAAAGAGCCUAUUCAAGAAAACUGCCAAGCUGAGAUAGAUCAACUUAAAUAAAAAGCAAUCCUCUUCAUAAUUCUGUAGGAUAAACAGGCAUAUCAAAGGAAAAAGAAAGAUGACAUAUUACGAUGAAUACUACUCCAGAAGAAGCUCAGGUCCUGAAUAUGUCAGAGAUGAAGGUGUACCGUACCGACAAGCCCCAACCACUGAAGAUCUUCUCUUCAGGUUUAAAUAAAAUGCAAGAGUUGUUCAACAAAUUAGAAGAUAACUAUAAUAGCUCAAUUGCAGAAAUUAGUGGAGAAGUAGAGACCUUGAGAGACAAAAUGAAAAACUACGAUGAAGAAGUAUCAAUAUGGAAGAGGAUUGAAUCCAAGUCAAGCAAUAUCUUAGAGAAUAAGGCUGUAAAUCUUCUCAAAAUUCAACUUAUUGAUGAGAUUCAGUCCUCAUUUACAGAUCUCACUCAGAAGAAUACUGAGUUACAGGAGAAGAUGAAUCAGGUUGAAAUCAAAUGAAAUACUAACAAAAUCAUAAUCGACGAGCAUAAAUAAGGAGUUCAAUGAGACUCUAUUUGAUGUUGAUAAAUUCAAGGUACAGAUUGAAGACAUAGAGAAACAAGUCCAUAGCCAAUCUGAAACAUUUUAUGACAAAGAGUCUUUCAAAACCUUCAAAAUUAAAAUAGAAAGGGAUAUCAAAUAACCUUAAAUUAAAAACCGGCCUUAAACAAAGGAACAACUUUGGAAGCUUUGCUAAGGAAUCCGACAAGUCGUCUGAUCAUAAAGGAGAAAAGAAGCCUACUCGUCUCACAAGUUUUGUUCAGAGUCCAAGAGCAGGAAGAAAGAGAUUCUUUGAGAUCCCUAAGCAUGGUGACAAAUAAACCUGAGAAAUCUUCUAACUUUAAGACUAUCCACAAUAGUCCUAAUAAAUUAGAAGGGAAAGGAAUAAACAAAAGUUUAUCGAAUGUAGUCAAGCCGAUUGCUUCGGAAAGUCUGAGCUUGUCUUCAAAUAAACUCAGAGUGAGCACUCUCAGUGAAAAGAAGGAAGAUUUAGAUAUUUUCGUAAAAGUCUCUGAAACAUUCGCAAAGGUUUUAACAAGAAGAGAAGAUCUGAUAAAUUUUCAUGCUCAAUUUUCGAGUACUAUAGAUAAAUACAAAAUCUCUCAUGGGAUUUUUAAAACUCCUCAACUUAUGUCAGAUGAAGAGAGGGAAAGAUAUCAUGAGUUUGUUAGGAUGGAAGAUAUUAAGAAAGAAAUUCAAGAGAAAAUUAAUUUUAAAGGGUCUAAAAUAGCUCCUAUUGGAUCUCCAUCUUCCAAGAAUUUAGCCACAAUUAAAGAAGAUAUUCAAAUGAAAAGGACAAAAUAUAAAUUUGAUGAUCAACAUCUGAAGAAACGAUCUGACAACAAAUCUGAUUUUUCUAUGAUUAGCUCACCUCAAAAUAGCCCAGAGAAAUUAUUAGGGUAUAAUAAGCCCACACUUGCUAUCAAAAAGAUUCCAACUCCUCAAAAACUUAAGGAGCAAUAUAGAAGACAAAAAUUUAAUUCAGUUUAUGAAAAGAAGAGCAACAGCUCAUCCAUUAGCAGCGAGAGUAGUCGUGGCAUCCCUCCAGGAGAUAAACCCAAACCUUAUAAAAUGAACCAAAGUAAAAGCAUAGAGAAAAAGAAGAGCAGUUCAAAAUUACUGAAGCGAAACAAGGUCAAUUUAGUUAGAAGAAACACAACCUUCUUCAAGCCUCAAUUUGACCAUAUUACUAACCUCUCAAUUGGGGAAGACUCAAACAAGUCAGGGGUACCUCAGGCUCUCCUAGUUGGGCUUGAUGAUCUAGAUGAAGAGUUCCACGAGCGUAUGGAUAUCCAAGAGGCUAAACUUAAGAACAUUGAAAUAAUGAAUAAGAAAAUAGACACAAGAAUAUCCACAAUAGAAAUAGAGCUUACAAGGAAAUUGAUGUCGACACUUAGUGAUGCCAAUACAAUCAAGGAGGAAGUAGACCAUAGUAUAAAGAUGAUGAAGAGAGAUAGAAAUCAAGUCAUCCAUGUUGGGAAAUCUUUGGAGGGUCAUAUCCAGAAAACAUUAUCUGAAAUAGAAAAUUUCAGAAUAUAUUACAAAAAAUUGGAUAAUAAGAUAGACUUGAUCAUUAAAGAUCUUGAGAUACAAACUCUUCUUGAUACUCAAGAUGAAAUUGAUCGCCACUCUAUCUCACUAAUGGGAGUUUUUGAGAAUACCACAAGAUCUAAUGAGAUUCCCUCACAUAAACCUAUAGAAAUCUCAAAGAACUGAAUCUCAUGCUCAUCUUAUAAGUCAUUUGCCUUGAAAUCUUUCAAAUUAGCUUGUCUUUCUUACACUCCUUCAACCAUUGGUUAUAUGUCUAAAGAACUCACUCGGAUCCAGAUGCACAAGCUACGCUCAGAAAACCUUCAAAAAUUAGGAAUAAAAAUGAAAUUUCCUGAUAAAGAGAGAAUUUCCACUCUAAUCGAACCUCAUCUUUCAAAGCUAGAAUUCAAUAGCCCUGUUCAAAACACAAGGAAUCUAAAAUUUAAUUACAAGAAGAGAAAUCUGCACUCUAGUAUGGCAAAGAAAUAGCCAGGAUGGUCAAGACUCAAGUAUCAGCUUUAAAUUCAACAACACGAUCAUUGACUCGAAAGUGAACAAUUCUUUUAUGGGGAAAACCUCUAGUCUAACAAAGAAGGAGAAAGUAAAUAUCUCGAGAACAACGAUGAGAAAUUUUAGAAGAGCAAUAAAUGUAAGGAAUAGCAGCAGGAUGUCAUAUUAGCCAUAUAAAUUUAAGCCUAGAGAUAAUCCGCCUUAAUUAUCAAUAAUGAAU